AAGGAAUCAAAAUCCAAAAAAGCAUAUUUCAUGCUUGUAAGUCAAUGACAUAGUGAAAGAUGCCGUUUCGUGUUCUCAAUUUUAAAAGACUUACUAUAUUCUCUAGUUCAUAUAUAUAUAUAUAUAUAUGAUGAAACUUAGUUGAACCACACAUUAAAGAGCCAUGGUUAAGGAAUUUAAAACCCAAACAACACUCAAUGUAGGGUUGGAGACCCUCUGGGCAGCUCAGUCUAAAGAUUUCAUUCUCAUUGCUCCAAAAGUUCUACCAAAUAUUGUGAAAGAUGUGCAAGUAAUUGAAGGGGAUGGAGGGGUUGGUACAGUCCUCAUCUUUAAUUUUUUGCCCGGUAUAUCCCCAGUAAAUUAUCAGAGGGAGGUGAUAACUGAGUUUGAUGAGAUAUCCCAUGAAAUUGGGCUUCAAGUGGUUGAAGGAGGCUAUCUAAAUCAAGGUUUGUCAUACUACAAGACAACUUUUCAAUUUUCAGCAAUAACAGAGAACAAGACUUUAGUCAACGUCAAGAUCUCUUAUGAUCAUGAAUCCGACAUAGAUGAAAAAGUCAAACCUACAAAGACAUCACAGUCCACUCUAUUCUAUCUUGGCCGCCUAGAAAACUAUCUCUUGAAUGAUGCUUGAAGAUAAUAUUUCACAUACAUAUCUUUGGUGUUAAAAAUUAUUUUUCUUUUUUGUUAAGUAGCCUAGCUAGUUGUCAGCAUUUCUGUUCGGAUUCAAAUUUCAAUUUCUGUAUACGUCUCUACUUUCUACUCUACUAAUUGAGUUAUGUUUAUAGAGAUGUGUUGAAAAUGUUUCAUAUUUAUUAAACAUCAAGAUAUAAGAAAAAUAACAACACCUAUAUUAGCUCAUUGAUAU